AUGCAAGGGGCCUCACAACGCUCAGCAGUGUUCUCAGUGGCGCUCAGGUCCUUUACUUCCAAAUCAUACCAGAAACAUUUCAUCAUGUCGAUAGAUGAAGACUCACGAAACAAUCAAGACACCAAUUCCCAAGCAUGUCUGGAAGAAUAUGAGCAUCUAAUCGGAGCAGAAAACCCACACGAUGCUUCAACGACAACACGCAGAGAGCUGUGGUCGUACUACCUUUACUACAAUGGCGACAAUGGCGUCGGUCCUAUCUCUUAUACACCAGCCCUCUUCCAAUGGGCCCUAACAGCCUCCGGCCACCAACCCAACACCGCCCCUCAUAAAGCCUGCACCGAAACCUCCGCCUGCGUAAUUCCCUGGGGCUCGGGAGAACGCACCGUUCCGUCUGUCGUCCUAAUCGCCAACGGUCUCAGCUUCACUAUAAUGACCAUCCUCUUCGUCUGGCUCGGCAGCGCCGCCGACUACGGCUCCUUUGGACGUUGGCUGCUACUGGCUCUCACGAUUACCUGCUGGGCACUGCAGUAUGGGAUGCUUGGGAUUCGAGAGCCAAGUCAGUGGCCGGCCGCGAUGGCCAUGUAUAUCGCAAGUUAUGUGACGUAUGGCGCGACCCUGGUAUUUUAUGCUGCGGUGUUUCCGAAAUUGGCGCGUUUUAAGGAGCAUGUGAGAAAAGCCAGAGAGGAGGAUUUGAAAGAAGGGAGGAUAUCGAGGGGCGUGUAUGAUGGAGUAGAGUCGCUGGAGAGGAAUCAUAUUUCGAACAUUUCGACAGCCCACAGCAAUAUUGGCUACCUGGCUGUCCUCCUACUGAACCUCAGCGUGCUAUUGCCGAUGCAGGGCAACAACUAUGCAAAUAACCUAGCGAUUUGCGUGACGAACUCCUACUGGGUCAUUCUAGGUAUAUGGUGGUUCAUCUUCCAGCAAGACCGCCCUGGGCCCAAACUUCCGCCAGGCGCAAGCUACGUGACAAUUGGCUUCAGGCAGAUCUGGCUUGCAUUGAGAAAGAUCCGCUCUUUACCUCAGACGUUUCUGUACUACGUUGCAUAUUUUUUGCUUGCUGAUGGGCUUAAUACGACAGGGACCCUAGUUUCUAUUAUCCAAAAUAGCUCUAUAAACUUCUCCUUCUUACAGCUAACCUACCUAGGUAUCACGCAAGCUACUUGCAGCAUAAUCUCCACUUUCGGCUUCUGGUAUCUUCAGCGUCACUUUAAGAUUCCUACAAAGCGCAUGUUUCUUUUCACUAAUUUCUUCUCUGUGUUCAUUCCCUUUUGGGGUAUGCUGGGGCUCUGGACGACACGGAUUGGGUAUCAUAAUCGGUGGGAAUUCUACUUCUAUAAUGUUGUCUUUGGCCUGUUUCAGGCACCAUAUUAUGCGUACGCCCAAACAAUGAUAAGCGAGCUCAUGCCGCCAGGGUACGACAACAUGUUUUUCGCGCUCUUUGGUAUAACCAAUCGUGCUUCCUCCAUAAUCGGACCGAACGUAAUCCAAGCUAUAAUCAACAACACGCAGAAUAACUGGAUGGGAUUCCCAUUUCUAUUCGCAAUAUGUGCCGUUGCAAUGGUUGCUAUUGCGUUUGUCGAUGUUGAGAAGGGCAGAGAGGAUGGGAGGAGGUUUGUUGAGGCUCAUAGGGGGUUUGCAGCAAGGGUUGAGGUGGCAGGGGCCGCGGGAAAUGAUGACGGUGGGAAUGGCGAUGGCAAUGGAGAUAGGGUGAAGACAGGAAGGGGAGUCAAUGUAUUGCCUAAGGGGGUGGAAAGAGAUGCUGAGGGUGGAAGCAACGUGGAUUUGUUGGAGUGA